AUGCACACGCGCUUUCAAAGUUUGCCUUUCGCAAGAAAUGCUUUCUACUUUGACGUGCAUCCCCCUUACAUUCCGCAGGCGAAACCUUACGUGACCAACGAGGACACUUUUGACCUCAAUGCUCUGCUCUCAGCACUUUUCCUGGGUGUCCUAAUCCUGAUUCUGUUCUUUGUUGUCAGCCUGAUCCUGCUCCUCAAGAAUGGCAUCCUGUUGGCGUCCAGCUUCCACACUUCAGUAUUCCAACUGCUGACUGCUCUCGUCGUGUACUCUGCAAAGAACCUGACAAGGUCCUGGCAGCGCAAUCCCAACCUGGCCUGGAAUUCUGGUCAGACAGCGGCGUAUAUUGCCACCUAUGUGCUGGCCUUCAUUCUGGUGGGCGUCUACCUGGCCUACUCUGUGCUCAUCCUGGUCAUGCGCAAUGUGUUCGUGAGGGAGGAGAAGACAGGGAAGGUCCCGCCCUCUCCAGCAGCCUCCUAUCCUGCUGCCUCCCCAGUCGCUGCGACACCGGCGGCCGCAAAGCCCAAGCGAAGCUGGUUCUCCAAGAAGCCCACGGCGCAGCCUGCUGAGCCCAUCGGCGCCACCGCACCGGGCACUCCACACCCGGCAACCCCUGCAGCAAUCCCCCACAGUGAGCCGGCCGCCCCCAACACCGCUGCCCCUGCCCAGGCUGUGGCUGAGGGCGUCCCUGCCCAGCCCAAAGGUGCCUGGGACGCUGUUUGA